CCCGGACACAUUUCGUCACCUCGAGGAUCUGGGCCGCUCGGACAAACGGAUUAAGAGGGCCAACGGAUAGAGGAUGGACCCCCACGCGGAGACCCUGCAGCGACUGCGAAACACGUUCAACUCCGGGCGGACCCGGCCCGAGGCCUUCAGGGCGGCGCAGCUGGAGGCGCUCGGCCGCUUUCUGCGCGACAACAGGGACCGCCUCCUGGGGGCGCUGGCGGACGACCUGCGCAAGGCCCCAUUCGAGGCGGAGGUGUCCGAGCUGAGCAUCUGCCGGAGUGAGAUCAACCUGGCCCUCAACAACCUGCACUCCUGGAUGCAGGACCAGCCCGUGGACACCAACCUGGCCACCCGGCUGGACGCCGCCUUCAUCCGCAAGGAGCCGUUCGGGCUGGUGCUCAUCAUCUCUCCGUGGAACUACCCGCUGAACCUGGCCGUCGUACCCCUGGUGGGUGCCAUCGCCGCCGGAAACUGUGUGGUUCUGAAACCCUCCGAGCUGAGCCGCGGUGUGGAGCGGAUCAUGGCCGAAGUUCUGCCCCGCUACCUGGACCCGAGCUGCUUCGCGGUGGUUCUGGGGGGGCCCCAGGAGACGGCUUCGCUGCUGGAGAACAAGUUCGACUACAUCUUCUUCACGGGGAGCACCCGGGUGGGCAAGCUGGUGAUGGCGGCAGCCGCCCGGCACCUGACCCCGGUGACGCUGGAGCUGGGGGGCAAGAACCCCUGCUACGUGGACGACGCCGUGGACGUCCAGACCGUGGCGAACCGCCUGGCCUGGGCCCGCUUCUUCAACGCCGGCCAGACGUGCGUGGCCCCGGACUACGUGCUGUGCAGCGCGGGCACGCGGGACCGGCUGCUGCCCGCCCUGCAGGCCGCCGUGCGCCGCUUCUACGGGGAAGACCCCCGGCGCUCCCCCGACCUGGGCCGCAUCGUCAGCCCCAAACACUUCCACCGGCUGCGGGCCCUGCUGGGCAGCGGCCGCCUGGUCAUCGGCGGCCAGACGGACGAGGAGGAGCUCUACGUCGCUCCCACGGUGCUGGUGGACGUGAAGGAGGAUGAGCCGGUGAUGCGGGAGGAGAUCUUCGGCCCGAUCCUGCCCAUCCUCACCGUCGGCGGCCUGGACGAGGCCAUCGCCUUCAUCAACCGGCAGGACAAGCCGCUGGCGCUCUACGCCUUCUCCACCCGCAGCCAGGUGGUCCGCCACGUGCUGGACCGGACGAGCAGCGGCGGCUUCUGCGGGAACGACGGCAUUCUGCACAUCACCCUGACCUCCCUGCCCUUCGGAGGAGUUGGGCCCAGCGGGAUGGGCAACUACCACGGCCGCUUCAGCUUCGACACGUUCUCGCACCAUCGCGGCUGCCUGCUGCGCCGGCCCGGCCUGGAGAAACUCAACAGCCUGCGCUACCCGCCCUAUGCCCAGCGAGGCCUGGGGCUCCUGCUCCGCACCGUGGAGAUCCAGCGGCGGGAAUGCUGCGCCCUGCUCUGAGCGCCAAAGGCCCGCUCCUCCCCGGACCCCUCCCCGGACCCCUUCUCGGCUGAGGGCAGCUAUUAUUAAUCAAUAAUCCAUCAAUCAAUCCUGUUUAUUGAGCGCUCACUGUGGGCAGAGCA